CAGCAACACUAAAAGCCUCAAUUCUCAUACAGGCUAAGCGCGCCUCUGGGGCCAUCCCUGUAUCAUCUACAAAGCCAUUAAAGGCAGACGCUUAAAUUCCCUAACUGCAUGCUUUCAAGGGAGAGAGGCAGUUAAGACUAGAAAUUGGCCUCCAUGGAUCCAGGGGGCUCGAGAACUAUUAUUUCAACUCAGAUUGUGCCCCACAAGCUUUCUGAGACACCCAUAGUUCCAGAGGGCUCUGGAGCAGGGCCUCCGACUCAGAUUGUGACCCAACAACCUCAGCUUUUCUCCAGCGUUGAGGCCAGCCCUUCUCUGCAGGGGCCACUGAAGAAAUUUUAUGCCGGGGAGCCGCUGGCACUGGGGAUCACUCAGAUACUCAUAGGCAUCACGGGAAUGGCUUUUGGGCUUGUGAUGAAUGUGGCGUCUAAUGACUUCUUGCUUUAUGUGAACAUAAUGACCCCGUAUUGGACAGGAGUCCCGUACCUCAUUUCAGGAUCCCUGUCUGUGGCAGCUGCUAGCAACCCCAAGAAGCCACUGGUGAAGAGCAUGCUGGGAUUGAAUGUGGUGAGUGCCAUAGCUUCUGGCCUUGGGAUUAUCAUCCUUUCUUCAUCUUUGGCUAUUUCAGGCCUGGGGUUUAAUGCCAGGUAUUGGUGCAGGAACCUUGAUACAAAACUGGCUCGUAGGUGUUAUGAAACCAAAGUCAUCCCUGAGAAUAUACUGUCUGGAAUGAUGGCUGUUCACCUGGCAUUCACCAUCCUCGAAUUCUGCAUCUCCAUCUCCACUGCUGCCUUUGGGUGCAAGACGGUGUGCUUGAAAACCCACACAGAAACGGUUGUGGUGGUUUACCAGAACACGAUUCUGGGCAGUGCUAAUGCUGCCAAUCUCCCGGCUUCUGGCAAGGAUGCAGAGAAUACCUGAAUUGUCGCUUCCUCCAUGCAAUGGUCCUGGAGUCCUGCCUCAAUAUCAAGAGCAGAAAGAUUCAGACUUUUUCAUCCGUAUGUACAUAUAUUCCAAACAGGCUUCUUAACAGAUCUCCAAUGAAAAGGAUAACCCGCCUAAGACAACGUAUACCAUGAACUACACAAAACAAGAUAAAUAGGCAUGGAGAACCCUGAUGACAAUGGGGAAUGGCCUUGAGCCAGCAGAACUUUAAAAUUUUGGAUCAAAAUCUAAACUUGGUGUGAUAUAUGACAUGCCUAAAGCCCAACUAGGGAUGAAUGGGAAUCUUUAAAAUCAAGGGACCUAGACAAAAGUGGUUUUCUGUUUUGCAAGCUGCCUGGAACCCUUAGCAAUUGACUUUUGAUAGAUUCUCAGUAGUGCUAAUUACUGACAUUACUAAUCUGAAAAUGGUAAUUAAGAGGAGUAUACAUAGUGUUACUUUGACACUACUGCUAUAUUUUAUAAAGUCUCAAUCACAAUUUCAGUGGGACACUUGGGUAUGCUUCUUCUUCCAAAUUCCAUUGCAGGGAGGUGUUUUUUGAGGGGCACCAUUGUUGAGAAGCCUUGCUCACAAACUGUUAAUAAACCUAUGGCCCCAGUAAAUUUGCUAAUAUGUCAUUGCUGUCAUUUCUUCUUUCUCUAUGUUUGAUACUAAAGAAAAACCCUGUCGAUUUUACGGA